CCCCGCCGCCACCGCGCCUCCUCCUCUGCUGCUGCUGCUGCUGCUGCUGGCUGGUGGAGAGACCGCCGCUCCUCCCUCUCCCCCCGCGCCGGGCCGGGCCACGCGCCAGCUGAUCUCGAAGCGGGCGGGCGGGCGAGCGACCGAGCUGGCUGGCUGGCUGGUUGGUUGGAGGCGCGCGCUCGCUGGCUCGUCUGCCUGCUCACCUCGCCUCGCGCUCGCUCGCACGGCGAGCCGGCCUGCUCCGCGCCGCCUAGCGCCGCCUCGCCUCGCCUCCGCGCUCAGUUGGGCCGCGGCGACCCGACCGAACGGCCGCCGCUGAUCGUCACAGCCAGCGCGACAGGGCAGAGCGGCACGCUCUCUCGGUCUGCCUCACUCGCUCGCCAAGGAGCGCACGACGACGUCGGCAGCGAAGCGCGUGCGCGAGCCAGCGACAGCCCACGCCGCGACGCGGCGCGGCGCGCCUGCCCGCAGCUAAUUACGGAUCGCCCCGGAAACGGAAGUAGUACAACCAGCCGGAGCCUCAGCGGCAACAGCAGCAGCAGCAGCUUCGGCAGCGGCGACCCGCGUGAGGAAGCGUCGCUGGCCGCAGACAUGCCGCAACGCGAGCGAUACAAGUGCAUCGCGAAACUACGACGCACUAUCACGUGCACUACCAGUGAAGAAACUCGAUCCCCUCCGCACAACCGGUCAGAUCGGAACGGGGGUUCUGGAGCUUCUCCCUCGGGGAGAGACUGGCGGAGUGACUCGGUCGUCCUUCAUAGAGACGUCACGCGGGCUGCUUGCACCGCGGCCGGUACAGAUCUCCGCGCGGCGGAAUGUUAA